UCAACGUGGAGACUCAUGACGAGCCGAUUCGGCCGCCUCUCUUUUCUUCUCGCGCGAUCAAUUUGGUCACCGUCGCUUCAUCCGUCGUUUCCCAUUCGCCCAAGAGGGAUCGUCAUCUCUCCUCUCUCCCGAAUCGUUCGUUAGUCGUGGAUGGUAUGGAUUGACGGGUGAUGAAUCGCAUCGUCACGAACCCAAUCACCGUGCGGAUUACCAUUUCGUGACUCCUCGUUGCGACCGAACGUUGUGGCACCGCUUGACGGGGCGGACGUCGACGACCCCUCCAAGGCUGAAUCAGAAACGAGUAGAGGCGUAGCGUCUGCGGUGGAGAAUCCCAAGCUCGAUAAGAGCGGUCCUGCUUCUUCGAUUUCCACCAGGAAUCCCACGUCCUGCCUCCUUCCGCGUUAGAUUGGAGUAGGGUUUCAAGAACUCAAGGGUUACGAUCGCCAUUGCGUAGCUGAAUUGAUCUGUCAAAGUCUUUUCUUUAAUCGGUUCUCUAGAGCUAUCGCGAUUUCUCGAUCUGUCGCUCACUACCAGCGCACCUCAAGGUCAAAAAAUAGAACUUGACAAUGAGGCUGUUGAAGGUGGCAUCAUGUAACCUAAACCAAUGGGCCAUGGAUUUUGACAACAAUCUGCAGAAUAUCAAAGAUUCAAUCUCGAGGGCUAAAGAAGCGGGUGCUAGAAUUAGGAUAGGUCCAGAGCUUGAAGUUACUGGUUAUGGCUGUGAAGAUCAUUUUCUGGAGCAAGACACUGUUUCUCAUGCAUGGGAAUGCUUGAAGGAUAUUCUUUUAGGCGAUUGGACUGAGGAUAUACUGUGUAGUAUAGGUAUGCCUAUAAUUCAUGCAGGUGUAAGAUAUAACUGCCAGGUUUUCUGCUUGAAUAGAAGGAUACUUAUGAUCCGCCCAAAGAUGGCCCUUGCAAAUGAUGGAAAUUACAGGGAAUUUCGAUGGUUCUCAGCUUGGACUUUUAAAGACAAGCUCAUUGAAUUCCAACUCCCGACAGAUGUCUCUGAGUCCAUAUCACAGCAUUCAGCACCCUUUGGCUAUGGUUACAUCCAGCUUUUAGAUGCAUCUGUGGCUGCUGAAACAUGUGAAGAGCUCUUUACUGCUAAUGCUCCUCGAAUUGCACUAGCAUUAAAGGGCGUUGAGAUUUUUACGAAUGCCAGUGGAAGUCAUCAUCAGCUGAGAAAGCUUAAUCUUCGAAUGGAUGCAAUAAAAAAUGCAACCCGUUUUUGUGGAGGCGUUUACAUGUACAGUAAUCACCAAGGAUGCGAUGGCGGCCGCCUUUACUAUGAUGGAUGUUCUUGCAUUGCUGUGAACGGAGACAUUGUUGCUCAGGGGUCUCAAUUUUCCUUGAAAGAUGUUGAAGUUUCAACUGCCAUUGUAGAUCUGGAUGCAGUAUCUAGUUAUCGGGGAUCUACAAGUAGUUUUAGAGAGCAAGCAAGUCACCAAGAAGAUGUUCCCUCAGUUAGAGCACCAUACAAACUUUGUCAAGCAUUUAAUCUAGGAAUGGUUCCUAGUAGUCCGGUGGAGAUUAGGUAUCAUUGUCCGGAGGAAGAGAUUGCUUUAGGUCCUAGUUGUUGGUUAUGGGACUAUCUAAGAAGAAGUGGAGCAUCUGGCUUUUUGCUUCCUCUUUCAGGUGGUGCUGAUAGUUCUGCUGUUGCAGCCAUUGUUGGUUGCAUGUGCCAACUUGUCAUAAAAGAUAUUGAAGAUGGAGAUGACCAGGUAAAAGCUGAUGCCCUAAGAAUUGGCCAGUAUAAGAAUGGUGAGUUUCCAACAGACAGCAGGGAGUUUGCCAAGCGAAUAUUCUACACUGUCUAUAUGGGAACUGAAAACAGUUCUGAAGCAACUAGAUCUCGUGCUAAGAGGUUGGCAGAUGAAAUUGGUUCAUGGCACCUAAAUGUAGAUAUUGAUAGUGUUGUUUCUGCACUGCUUUCUUUGUUUCAAACUCUUACAGGAAAGCGUCUGCGUUACAAGGUUGAUGGAGGAUCCAAUACAGAGAAUCUAGCACUGCAAAAUAUUCAAGCUCGAGUUAGAAUGGUGCUCGCAUUUAUGCUAGCAUCUCUUAUGCCAUGGGUUCAUAGCAAAUCUGGCUUUUUUCUUGUGUUAGGCAGCUCAAAUGUGGAUGAAGGUUUACGUGGUUACUUGACAAAGUAUGACUGCAGUUCAGCAGAUAUAAAUCCGAUUGGGAGUGUAAGCAAGCAAGAUCUCCGGUCUUUUCUACGUUGGGCUGCAAUUCAUCUUCACUAUCCUUCAUUGGCAGAGGUUGAAGCAGCACCUCCAACCGCAGAACUCGAGCCUAUCCGUUCUGACUAUAACCAGUUGGAUGAAGUGGACAUGGGCAUGACUUAUGAGGAAUUAUCGAUUUAUGGGAGGCUGAGGAAAAUUUUCCGAUGUGGACCUGUGUCUAUGUUUCAGAAUCUGUGUCAUAAGUGGUGCAGUAAAUUAACUCCAUCAGAGGUAGCAGAGAAAGUAAAACACUUCUUCAAGUACUACUCCAUCAAUCGGCAUAAGAUGACAGUGUUGACUCCCUCGUAUCAUGCUGAGAGCUACUCACCUGAAGAUAACAGAUUUGACCUUCGUCAAUUCCUGUACAACUCAAGAUGGCCUUAUCAGUUUCGAAAGAUCGACGAGCUCGUCAAUAAAGCAGCUGAUCAAAGAGCAGCUAAUCUUCCAGAGCAAAGACCAGAAGAUUCAGAUAUCAAGUCGGGCUGCGGAAGUGGCACAGGAGUCGUGGCAGUGGGAUCCAGCAAUCCAAAUGCUGGCCUUUAGGGUAAGAACAUGAUAGAAUUUAGAUGCAGCAGAGCAACAGGUUCUUCUUCUCAUCCUUUUCCUUCGCUUGUACCACCAUUUUCCAUUCACGCUAAUAUCAACUGUUCUUAAAUCUAGUUCAUCUAUUGAUCUCCCGCAAGCCUAACACAGCUUAUGGUUGCAGAAGCUGCGGACAGGCUUACCGACACCACAUCAGAAGUUAUUUAUGUUUGGUCUGACAAAUAAAAAGUCAACCAGUCUCAUUAUUAUUCUCAGGUGCAUGCCUGAGAAUAAUAAUCAAAGAAUAAUUUCUGUAAUUAGCACAAUUAAAUCCCUUUUUUUCCCUGAUUUUACAGAAUUGAAGAUGUGAAUGCAACGUUUUCUCUUUCAAUAAAAGUAUCUGUUUUGACUUUUUUCCAACUCAUGAUGAUGUAUAUUCUUUUCUCAAAAAUUUCUUUUAUUACUCAGGUCAGGUCAGGUCAGAAAAAAGUAACCUUAAUCAUUAUAUAUAUAUAUAUAUAUAUAUAUAUAUAUAUAUAUAUAUAUAUAUAUAUAUAUAUAUAUAUAUAUAUAUAUUACAGAAGGAAUUGUCUUUUUAGUUCAUCUGUCCCUUUGACCAUCCAAAAUAUCGGCUACCAAAGCAGUGGCAAAGAGCAUGACAUGGACAACUCCCACCCAACUAGCAAAAUAUCAAAGGAUGAUCCGAAAUAGUUGGACAAGAAAUCAAUGAAAAUUUUAUAGAUGAGAUUUCUACAAGAAAAAAAGGAAGAAAAAUCUACAAUGUGGUGAGGGGUUCCAAAGAGAUCCUUAUCCUCAUCAUUCCUCUUCGUAUAAAUAGCAAACUCCAUCCGUCUCAUGCUCACCAGAGGAAGCAAAACCACCUCCAAAGAUGCAGGCAGCAGCUCCUCAAACCCAGAGCUGUCGUCGUCACCUCAUCGGAAACCUCCACCAUCGACUACAGCUCCUCCAUCUUCGUGUUUCCCAUGGAGGCGUGUGAGAUACUCGGUGGCGAGGCAUGCAACGCCAGGAUGUUCCCGGAAGCGAAGCUCGCGGCAGCGGCCGGCAGCGGUGGCAGACCGGCCUCCGAGGAGAUCGACAGAGACUACCUCGAGUACAACGAUCCCAAAACUGUGUUCCCUGGCGAGGCGUGCGACGAUCUCGGCGGCGAGUUCUGCCAAGCCGAGUACCAGAAUGGCGUCUUCUGACACGGCAUUACGCAUGCCUGGAGUUGGCUUCCUGUCGACGAUGAAUGAUAGAAACUUGCAGUCGGUCAUAAGACAGCAGCGUAUAGUGCACUGUGUAUAUCUGUGUUCUAAGGAUAUAAGGAAUGAAAGCUAAACUUUGUUACCUAUA